CUUUGCCAGCUGCAGCGACCAUGACCGAACCCCGGACCAUCCGAAAACGUAAUCGCACGCCACGUUCGUGCUAUGAUUGCAGACGCCGAAAAGUGAAAUGCAAUAGGGCCAGACCCUCCUGCAAGGAAUGCAUCACCUUCUCACUAAGUUGCCAUUACGAGCUUGAUCCGCGGCGUCACCCUCCUCCGGUGUUUCGUGAACCGGCAUCGGUCGUUGUCAACAGAGAGGAACAGCAUCACAAUGGAGAGUUGUAUUCCACCACCACCGAAGAUUCGCCGCCGUCAGCAACCAGCAUUCGUGGCGUUCUCUCGAAGACCCGCGUUUAUGGCCAUGGCCACUGGAUGAAUACCCACUCAUUGAUGGAGGGACUCCCCAGUCUCCAGCCGGUAGGUGAUUUUUUUUAUAAGCUUCGAAGUGACAGGGAAGUCACCCAAACGAUCGCGGAAUGCAAAAGGCUUGCUCGAGAUAUCAAAAAGCAGCGGCCUAGUCGAAAGAGCCUGCCGGCAGACAUUCAUCAGUCCAUUCCGGACCGGGAAAUUCUCGAUGAACUUGUCAUGCUUUAUUUUCAAACAUUCGAGCCCUGCUACCGGAUCCUCCACUAUCGAUCUUUCAUGGCUGAAUAUGAAACCUACAUGACCCGUCAGGAAAGUGCAGAAAGCCCUAUUGUGCUUCAACUGCUACUUGUCAUGACCAUUGCCGGCCCAUUGCACACUGACGGGAAUAUUCGUCGCGAUAUUGCAGCGAAUACCCGCGCGUGGCUCGAUACAGCCCAGGGCUGGCUCUCUGCACCACUCGAAAAAGAUCGGUUUACCUUGAAUGGUCUGCAAAUUUAUUGCCUGCUUCUUCUCUCACGUCAAGUCAACCAAAUUGGAGCGGAUCUCGUUUGGAUAUCCGCAGGGUCACUGGUGAGGAUGUCGAUGCAGAUGGGCCUGCAUCAAGACCCUGACCUUCUUGGAGAAAUGAGCGUGCAGCAGAAAGAGACACGGAGGCGGCUGUGGUACACCGUCUUGGAGAUGGACGCACAAGCAGCAUUAGACAGCGGGGUUGACUCGAUAAACGCAACUGGGAAUUAUAAUACCAAACCUCCGGCCAAUGAAGAUAGUGAGUCUUCUGCAGGACCUCAUGUGAGCAAUUUCUCCCUCCAGAGUCUGUUGAUCAAGAGCCUUCCUCUUCGCUUGCGUGUCACGCGGGCUGUAAAUAAUAUGCAGGAAGAACUGUCGUUCAAUCAAGUCUUGGAAUUGGGCAAUGAGCUUGCGUCUGCUUGCCGGGAUAUUGGCAGUGCAAUAACUCGUGCUGGCGCUCCUAGUUCCUUCUCAUCUACGUUCUGCAUUCACCUCGUUUGCAGGUUUGCUUUAGCCCUACACUACCGCCACUCGUUGAAAGCCAUGGGAGGAAACCCAUUAUACUCGCACUCCCGUCAAGCAUGCCUAGACGUCGCACUAGAGCUUGUUUCAUUCCUACAGGACAACCUUUACAGCUGCGUGCUUCGUACAGGGGGUGGCAUGUUUCGAGAUAUCCUUACGCGUGGUGCCCUGAUUAUUUUCGCCGAGCUGAAUACAGAGCCUGUAGUUGGAAUCUCGGCUUUUGCGAAGGAACGAAAUCGCGCUCGCCAACAGCCACUACUCGAAGCCGCUCAGCAAAUAGUGAACUAUGCGCGAGACCGGAUUUGGCUUGGAGACAUGAAUGUCAAGAUCUAUGUAUGGCUGAGCAUGAUGAAUGCGCAGGUCAGGGCGCGUCUGGCAGAGUUACCAAUAGAUGAGGCCGUUUCGAAAGCUACGUAUGACAGCUUAAGAGCUGUCGGCGAUAUGCUGAAAACCUUGGUAGAGACCGAAAAUCCAGAUAUGGCUUCUCGGAACAGCACAGUUGCUCCGGGAGAACCUGAAAUUAACAUUGGAUCAGAGUUUGACUCCAUCGAUGGGUUUUUCGACUUUGAUUUCGAUACUCGAGAGCUUUCGCAGUGGACAGGCGCAAUGUGCUAGAGGAGAUUUGUAAGUCUAAGAUUAUAAUACAUUGACAGAUAUUGACCGUGUUUGGUAGAGGCGAGCCUCAGUCCUUCCUCACUCUGUCCUGUUCUGGAUACGACGGGAGAGUCCAGCCGUUGGUGUUCUCGCGCAGAACCCAGCGAGCGACAAUAUCCAACCUCAACAGCGAGGCUAUCCAAAACAGCCAGUAGAUCACAGCGAUCCCGGCGGACGAACUAGGGAACUUGUCCAUAUAGUUCUCGCUGUCCGUCAGACCCUUUUGCACCUGCUCAAUCCAUGGUCUGAGCUUCUCCUCGUAUGACUUGAAAGCGUUCGUGAUGCUUUCUUUCGACACUCUGGAUCCUGCGCAAUACCUCGCGAUUUCACCAGCCAGGACAUACCCACCGACGAGUCCACAAGUGGUACCCAUGCCUGUCAUAGCUGAUGGACAGUAGGCAGCAUCGCCGACAAGAACACAACGGCUGCGAGACCAUACAUCCAACUUGACCACGCCCAUUCGUUCGGUAUAGAGAUCUUCAGAGUCCACAAGAGCUCGAAUAAUCUGUUCCGACUCCCAACCUGCACCUUGGAAGACUGCGACUAAUCCUCGCUUCUCGCCGUCGACAUCACCUCGCCUUGUAUCCUUCAAGGCAGCCUCGUCCAAUUUGCAAAAGGCAUACGCCUGGUACCGGUCUUGCUCGUGGCGGCGCGUCAUAAUCCCUCGAUUACCAGGAGCCAUGAAUGCCGUAGCGUAAUAGCCGUCUCCCUCGCGCAUAUCUUGACGAAUUGUUCCAUAAGUUGCUAGAACACCAAUGGGAUGAUACCCCGGAUUGGCUUCCCCACUCUCACCACCCAUUGUCAACUUCCGCAUCUUUGACCACAGACCAUCAGCUCCGACAACGAUAUAGAACCGCUCAACCUUUCCAUCCGAAAAUGUGACCUCGACCUCCUCGUCCUCGAUGUGUCUGACCUCCACAGCAUGUACCCCAAAGACAAACCUUACCCCAGGUCUCCCUUCACAAGCUUCAUACAACAACCGACAAAAAUCCCCCCUCAUAAUCUCCCAAUCAGUCGUGAAGCUCUGCAACCCUUGACCUGAGCGAUUCGCUCCAAAGAAUCCCCACGAUCUACCCUUGCGAUCAACAAGUCGCAGCCCUUGUUCUGGCACGGAGACUUUGCGAAAGGACUUUUCUAGUCCCAUUCGGUGGAGGACGUCGAUGCCCGGGCCGCGGAGGUCGAUUUGGAGGCCUGUUGCGCGGAGAGUGGGAGACUUUUCGAUGACGGUGAUUUCGUAGUUGUGGUUGACUCGGGAGAGACUGUGUGCUAGUGCAAGCCCGGAGAUUCCGGCGCCUGUAAUAAGGAUUUUGAAAGGCAUGUUUUUUUCUUAUCAGUGUUCCUUUCUUGUUCAAAAUGUUUUGAAGAUGAGAGGUAAAAUGACUCGAUGAAUGAAGAGGAAUGAGAAAAAGUGAGAUAAAUUUGAGAGCAAAAUGUGGGCUUUUGUAUUCCAG